AUGAGGUUCCACUUUAUCACGGUUUGUACCCUGAUUUCCGGAGUUGUAAGCCUGGGGGGGACGAGGCUUUGGAAGGGGAAGGAGAAGAAGGUGGAUCGUUAUGCGCAGUGCCUUGAUCAAUGUUGGAAGACACCGCAAGGCAAAGGGGAUACAAACGACCAUUACAAUUAUUGCUGUGAGUUUUGCGAACCAUAUGCUCACAACAACGACUAUGUCCCUCCCCCUCAGGGAGCCGGAGCCUUGGCCAGUCACCAUAACAACUACAACACCUACGACACCGGCCCCUAUCAGGGGGGCAAUUAUGUGUCUUCAACAGAGCAAAAUAUAGUUAUAGCCCCCGAAAUGACGGCAAAGGGGUUUUUCUGCGCAAAGAAUACCGUCAACGUCCAUAAUCAUUACACCUACCAUGUCCACUACUCACCAGCAAAUGAUCCCCGUUAA